AUGUCCUUUUCCUUCAGCUUCGAAGUGGGGUCCGUGAAGUCAAACACGGUGCAGCAUAGAUUCAGCUUCUUUAGGAAAAGGUUCUGCUUCUCCGAGUUUGGUACGUCUCGGAAGCUGGGAAGAGGGUCGUAUGAGGUGUUCCCGUUUUCCUUUGCGUUCAGCGGGUGGUCGUGGGGAAGCCUGCUGGCAUUGUUCGGUGUUGGGUUGGCCAGGCGGGAGUUGGAGGGAUUUGAAAAGAAUUAUCCAAUAAUCUCUUUGAAAAAAGAAGUGGGAGCAGAAUAUGCAAUAUGCACUUACCUUCUAAACAAUCAAAUCAACUUUUACAAGCCUAAUCUGGAUAUCAAUGUCAUACCGUUUAAGAAAAGCACAAAUCCAGAUCAGGACGUCUCAAGAUCUGACCGCGAUCGGGAAAAACUAGCUAACAUAUUAAUCAAAAAUCGCCAGCAGAAAAGCAGAAAUCAACACACAGACCAGAACCCUAAAGUUCAAAUGCUGGAGGUGAAACUGCAAUACAAGAUAAGGCGGAAAUUGUGGGCCAUUGAUGGUCAAUCAAAGCAUACGUAUCGCAGAAAAGAAAAGAAAGAACAAAGAUUGAAGUUUUCGGGAGUUGAAUCUGAAAAUACGGGCCCCCAAGCGGGAGCAAAUAGAGAGAGAAAGGCAAAAGUGUGCGAUGGGCUCAGACUUUUAUCAGCGGUCUGCCGCUGCCACCGUACUGUUGUUGCUGUCGGAGUUCGCCGAAGACAGGAGGAGGAGGAGAAGGAGGAGGAGGAGGAGGAGGAGGAGGAGGAAGAGGAGCAUGAUAACUAUGGACCAGUGUUCUACAAUCCAGCAGAAUGA